AUGCCGAUCGCUCUUCCGGCUAGCACGACUGGCGCUGCAGUACAGCAGCCUCCUCCGCAAGGAGCAGCGCCCCAGCCUCCCGCCGAGAGACUUGUUGAUCCCGCCCAAGGUGCCUUCAUCGGCGGCGACCCCACGACUAACAUCGAUGUACCGGUCACUUUCCUCUUCCUGCUGCUCUUCGCGGCUGGUGCGUACACGCACAUUAGGAUCUACCGAGCCAAUGCCAAACGCGGUCACAAGUUCUUGCUAUCGGAUCUCAUGUUCGACUUCUGCAUGGUCAGAACUGUCACUUGUAUCAUGAGAAUCGUUUGGGCGUUUGAGAAGGGCCGAGUAGUAAUUCUCGUCGCACUCAUCGUCCAAUUCGGAGGAGCUGUCGUGGUGAUGGUGGUCAAUAUUUUCUUUGCCCAAAGAAUUGUUCGGUCAAUCCAUCCUCACUUUGGAUGGCACCCCGCUUUCCGGGUCUUCAUCCUCUUCUUUCUUUUCUCAGUGCCGGCCGUGGUUGUCUCAAACAGUACAUCGAUUGGUGUCUCAUUCUUCAAGAUUGAGGACCAAGACCGCGUCGACACGGCACUCAACGUCCUCAAAGCUGGUGUCUCGUGGAUCAUGCUUCUCGCGGUCCUGCCAGUCAUCAUCGUCAUUAUCGCAGCAGUGAUUCCGGGACCUCGACCCGAGAGGUUCGGGCAAGGUGAUACUCACCAGAAGAUUGCCGUCCUCUUCAUUGGCGCUACCUUGCUCAUCGGUGGUCACGCUGUGCGUCUCGCGGCGACUCUGAUGGCCGAGCCACCCAAUACACCAAACAAACUCUUCAGCAGAGAAGUGUUUUACACUACCGGUUUCAUGUUGGAGAUUUUCGUUGUGGUCUUCUAUGCUGUUGCCCGCAUCGAUCUUUUGUUCCACGUCCCCAAUGGAUCGAAGGGCCCAGGAGACUACUCCAGGAAGCCGAAGCCUGGUGAAGAAGACUACGAGGCUGCACUUCUCACCAGAGAAGAAAUUGAAGAUGAGCUGGCCGGACUAGGCCACCCGUAUGAAGUUGUCGACUCCUCUGGCCUGGGCAGAGAUGGCUCUGGCCGCACCAUUGUAGCCUUCAGCACAAGACGUAUGAACGGCGAGAAGCCUGUCGUACUACCGCCCAGACCAGAAGCAUACAGCCGUGUCAGAUCGAUCCAUGGGUCUGUCAGGUCCAUGCGUGGCUCUAUGAGGUCUGCUGGCGGUGGCAUCUCUCGGAUGAUGUCAGUGCGCAGGUCUGCUGCAGCACCGUAUUUGAACGAGGUUGAAGUCGGUCAGCCCGAGUUCAGAGACAAUCCUUUCCAAACACCACCAGUCAGUCAUUAUGGUGUAGCACAGCCGUUGUUCAUUCAGUCGCGGUUCAGCAGAUACACGGACCCAGAAGACGCGAGAACACCUUUGCGACCAGAAAGCCAGGCAACGUCUGGAGAGAUUCCCCUGAGUCUUGAUCGGGAAGGUCUCGGCCCUUACGAGGGACGGCCUCUUGCUCGACGGUCAUCAGUACAAAAGUUUACAGCACAGGAGCGGGAGGGGAACCCCUUGAAAUAG